AUGGACAAGUAUGAAUCCAAUAGAAGCCUGAGUUUAUUAUUUCAUUAUCUCAUCACUCUCUUGCUUAUUUCAAAACCAAAGGUUAUAGUUGCAAACAUAAUUCCAAAUUCAAACAACCACUAUUAUUCUACAUGUCCUGUCACAUAUUCUCCUUCAACUUCCACACAUGCACCUCAGAUAAAAUACGAUGUCUUUGUAAGCUUCAAAGGUAGCGAUAUUCGCAAACAUUUCCUUAGCCAUGUCCUCGAGGCUUUGUCGCGAAAGAAAAUCGUCGUCUUUUCCGACAAGAAGCUUAAAACAGGAGAUGAACUAUCAGCAAUACAAAGAGCAAUUGAAAACUCAUUCAUUUCAUUGGUCAUAUUCUCCCAAAACUUUGCAUCUUCAUAUUGGUGUUUAGAGGAAGUUCUGAAAAUAGUUGAGUGCAGAGAAAAAUAUGGUAGGAUUCUAAUGCCAGUUUUCUACCAAGUUGAGCCCUCAGUUGUAAGGCAUCAAAAUGGGAGUUAUAGAGAUGCUUUUGCUCAACAUAUAAAAAGGUAUGAUCCACACAAGGUGCUAAGCUGGAGAUCUUCUUUGAAGCAGGCUGCCAAUAUUUCUGGAUUUGAUUCUUCAUAUUUUUCGGAUGAUGCUAAGCUAGUUGAAGAAAUACUUCAAAGUGUGUUGAUGAAGUUGAACCAAGUAGACCAAGGUAAGUCAAAAGGACUUGUAGGAAUUGAAAAGCAAAUUUCGCCUAUAGAAUCAUUGUUACAUUUAGAUUCGGAAGAUGUUCGUGUUCUUGGAAUUUGGGGUAUGCCUGGUAUUGGAAAAACAACUAUUGCUGAAGAAGUAUUUCGUAGGCUACGGUCUGAAUACGAAAGUUGUUGUUUUAUGGCUAAUGUAAGAGAAGAAUCAGAAAGAUAUGGUACAAACAGUUUGAAGUUAAGAAAAAAGCUUUUAUCCACUUUACUAGAGGAAGAAGAUUUGAAAGAUGACAUGAUAAAUGGAUUACCUUCUUUGGUUAAGAAAAGGCUUGGCCGCAUGAAGGUUCUUAUUGUUCUUGAUGAUGUCAGAGAUGCAGAGCAACUAGAAGUUUUGGUUGGAACAGCUGAUUGGUUAGGUGCAGGAAGUAGAAUCAUCAUAACUACUAGAGAUAAGCAAGUACUUGCUGGAAAAGUUGAUGAUGUCUAUGAGGUUGAGCCGUUGGACUCCGUUGAAUCUUUUCAGCUUUUCAAUUUGCAUGCUUUUAAUAAACAAAAGCAUCUUGAAAUAGAGUACUAUAAGCUAUCAAUGAAGAUGGUGGAUUAUACCAAAGGUGUUCCAUUAGUUCUCAAAGCUUUAGCUAACCUUCUUUGUGAGAAAGAUAAAGCCAUAUGGGAAAGCCAAGCAAGGAAUCUGAAAAUAGAGCAGAUUGAAAAUGUCCAUGAUGUUUUUAGAUUGAUAUACACUAAUCUUGAUUAUUAUGAAAAGAUUAUAUUCCUGGAUAUUGCCUGCUUUUUUGAUGGAAUGAAGUUGAAACUUGACCUCAUACAACUUCUAUUGAAAGAUCGUCGUUAUUCGGUGAGCACUAAACUAGACAGACUUAAAGAUAAAGCUCUUGUAACAAUUUCUCAACAAAGUAUUGUGUCAAUGCAUGACAUUAUACAAGAAACAGCUUGGGAGAUUGUUCGACAGGAAUCUGUUGAAGAACCAGGAAGCCGAAGCCGGCUGUUGGAUCCUGAUGACAUUUAUCAUGUAUUGAAAGAUAACAAGCAGGGAAGUGAGGCCCUCAGAAGUAUGGCCAUCAGACUAUCUGAAAUUAAGGAGCUGCAGUUAAGCCCUCGAGUAUUUGCCAAGAUGAGCAAAUUGAAAUUUUUGGAUAUUUACACUAAGGGCUCUCAAAAUGAAGGGAGUUUGUCGCUUCCGGGAGGGCUUGAAUCCUUACCUAAUGAACUGAGAUAUCUUCGUUGGGAGUACUACCCUUUGGAAUCCUUGCCAUCCAAGUUUUCUGCAGAAAACCUUGUUACAUUGAACUUGCCUUAUAGCCAAUUGAAGAAACUUUGGCAUGGAGUGAAGGAUCUUGGGAAUUUGAAUGUCCUUAUACUCCACUCAUCCACACUCCUAACAGAGCUACCAGAUUUUUCAAAGGCCACAAGUCUUGCAGUACUGGACCUCCAUUUCUGCAUAGGGUUGACUAGUGUUCAUCCAUCUGUUUUCUCUCUAAAAAAGCUUAAGAAACUGGAUGUGAGUGGAUGUAUUUCCCUUACAAGUCUUCAAAGCAAUAAUACCCAUGUAAGUUCACUUAGUUAUCUUUCCCUCUACAACUGCACAGCACUGAAGGAAUUUUCAGUGACCUCAGAGAAUAUGAAAGAAUUGAAUUUAGAGCUCACGGAUAUCAAAGAACUACCCUCGUCAAUUGGACUUCAAACCAAACUUGAAAAGUUACAUCUUGGGCACACUCGUAUCGAGAUCUUGCCUAAGAGCAUCAACAAUCUUACAAGACUGAGACAUCUAGACUUGCAUGAAUGCAGGGAGCUUCAAACUCUACCAGAGCUUCCUCCGUCACUUGAAACACUAGACGCCGAUGGGUGUGUAUCACUAGAGAAUGUAGUGUUCCACUCAACUGCUAGUGAGCAACUUAAGGAAAAGAAGAAAAAGGUUACCUUCUGGAAUUGCCUUAAAUUAAACGAGCCUUCUCUCAAGGCUAUUGAGUUGAAUGCUCAAAUCAACAUGAUGAACUUUUCACACCAUUGUAUAUCCACACGUGAUCUUGAUCGUGAUCACGAUCACGAUCGCAAUCAAGGCAUUUACGUGUACCCAGGUAGCACAAUUCCAGAGUGGUUGGAAUAUAGUACAAGUACAAGUACACACGAUUACCUAACUAUUGAUCUUUCCUCUGCUCCUUAUUUCUCUAACUUGGGCAUCAUUUUUGGAUUCAUCAUUCCAGCGACAUCAUCAGAGGGUUCGAUUCUGAAAUUCAAAAUCAGCGAUGGCGAAGAUGAAGGUAUCAAAGUGUACUUGGACAGACCACGUGAUGGAAUUGAAUCGGAUCAUGUGUAUCUAAUGUAUGACCCAAGAUGUUCUCAUUACCUAGCUAGCCGAGUGAAUGAUCAGUCAAAGAUUAAAAUUCAGGUUAGAGCAGCAUCAAGAACACCGACAACACAGUACGUGCCAGUUAGGUUAAAAGGCUUUGGGGUUAGCCUAGUAACCCCUUCACAAUAUGACAAGUUUAAACAGCAACUAGAAUUUGGUGAUAGUACUGUUGUUCCAAAUAGUAUGUGUUCCAUGGAAGAGGGAUCAAAGUUUCUUGGAAUUGAAAAUGCUAAACAGUUAAGUUAUUUCAAUUGCAUGAUUUAG